UAUACAUACAUACAUGCAUACUUGGAUGUUUGCUAUGUGAAACUGAAAAUUAAGUUUGUCGAUUCGGAUAAUUGAAACACCGCAAUUGUGGGCGUUUCACUUCACUUUCUUCGGUGCGUAAAUGAAGUGUAAAGUCGAACGCACAAUAGAUUUGUCAUUCGCCGCGAACAGCCGUGAAAUUACGCUUUCAUUGGUGCAAAAUUUUUUAAGUAAAAUAUUUUCAUAGACUAAAUACUAUUUAGUUGGUAAAAUAUGCUUAACCAUUACUUAAUAAUUUUAAUUUUUGGCGCUAACCUAUGCUCAUACUGGGGCAUGAUGGCGCAGACGCUGAAUGUAUUUCGACCAGCAGUGCCGCCACCGCCACGCUGGGGUGCCAACAUGCAAAUGCUGCGGCGUCACAACAAUGCUGCUUUUGAAUUUUGGACUGAGGAUAGUGACACAAAUCUCUGGGAGCACUGCGGUCUAUUCGAGGGCGAUAUUAUGCUGCACCGCGAUUGGUUGCGAAACGGUUUAUUACGCGAGAAGUUUACCUGGCCAGAUGCGACUGUGCCAUUCUAUAUUGAUAGUAAUGACUUUAAUCAAACGCAGAUGAUGGCAAUUUUGGAGGCUUUCAAGGAAUACCAUGAAAAAACUUGCAUCCGUUUUCGUCCCUACGAAAAAGGCGAUACCAAUUGGAUAGUAUUUAAAGGCAACUAUUCCGGCUGUUGGUCCAGCGUUGGGCGUCGACAAGGAGGACAGGUUCUCAACCUCAAUACGCCACGUUGCGUUACGCAUGGUGUCAUUGUGCACGAAUUGCUGCACGCACUGGGCUUCUAUCACCAGCAGAGCUCGACUGAACGUGAUGAAUAUGUAAAAAUCAAUUGGGAGAAUAUACUCGAUGGACAUGCGCAUAAUUUUAAUAAAUAUGCGCGUACACACAUAACAAAUUUCGGCGUUGAAUAUGACUAUCAGAGUGUUAUGCAUUACAGUUCGAAAGCGUUCACGAAAAAUGGCAAGCCAACCAUAGAGCCAUUGGAUCCCUAUGCCUCGUUGGGUCAACGCAAGGGUCUCUCUAAGAAGGAUGUUUCAAAGUUGAAUGAGAUGUACAAAGACGACUGCAAUGUUGAUUACUUGUUUAGUUUUGAUCAACUGGGCUCAUAUUUAGAUGAACUUUUAGGUUAUUUUCAAAACAGUUUAUUCAGUCGAAAUAGUCCAGAGGAACAUACAAAAAAGUUAAGGAAGUAAAUUCAAUGUAAAUUCGUACAUUUU